GCUGGGGUAUGGUAUAAAAAGCUAUGUCAGGGGGAAUAUUUUUGAAUUGAUAAGGGAGUUUAGAAAGCUAAGGGGAAAGUUCCAUUAGCAGUUUCAGAAGAAAACAAGUUUAAAGGGAGAGUGGCAUUCUAACAUCAUUCUACCGUGAUUUGAUCUGUAAUUGAAUAGCAAAUUACAAUAUUUUUAUUUUCUGUUAACAACUUAAGAGUGACUGUCUUCAUAUUACAGAGUAUGGCUUCGAUUUUACCUGCUUCCAAUACAUCCUUGAGAUCUGACAGGAAUACAUAUGUUGGAAAGAGUUUUGUUCAUGUUAAAAAUCCUUACCUGGACUCUAUGGAUGAAGAUGUUCUCUAUCACUUGGAUUUAGGAACAAAAACACACAACCUACCAGAAAUGUUUGGGGAUGUAAAGUUUGUCUGUGUUGGUGGGAGCCCCAACAGAAUGAAAGCAUUUGCACUGUUUAUGCACAAGGAGCUCAGAUUGGAGGAUGGUGAAGAGGACAUCAAGGAUAUCUGUGCUGGGACAGACAGAUACUGUAUGUACAAAAUCGGCCCCGUCCUCUCCAUCAGUCAUGGCAUGGGCAUCCCCUCCAUUUCUAUUAUGCUUCAUGAACUCAUUAAAUUACUAUACCAUGCCCGGUGCUCUGACGUUACCAUUAUCAGAAUCGGUACAUCAGGGGGAAUAGGGAUUGCACCGGGAUCUGUUGUAAUAACAGAUGAAGCUGUAGACUCCUUCUUUAAGCCCCGGUUUGAACAGGUAAUCUUGGACAACAUUGUCACCAGAAGCACCGAACUUGACAAAGAGCUGGCUGAGGAACUAUUCAACUGUAGCAAAGAAAUUUCCAACUUCCCAACCCUCAUUGGACAUACGAUGUGUACCUAUGAUUUUUAUGAAGGUCAGGGUCGACUAGAUGGAGCACUGUGCUCUUUUUCCAGAGAAAAGGGGUUAGAUUACUUGAAGAGAGCGUAUAAUGCCGGCGUCAGAAAUAUUGAAAUGGAAUCUACAGUGUUUGCAGCCAUGUGUAGACUUUGUGGUCUAAAAGCUGCUGUGGUCUGUGUGACACUUCUCAACAGACUUGAAUGUGACCAGAUCAACUCUCCCCACGAUGUUCUCGUGGAGUACCAGAAAAGGCCUCAGCUCCUAAUCUCCAAGUUCAUUAAACAGCGGCUUGGAUUAUGUGACCAGACAUCAUAGACAAAGUGGAAAGUACUUCAGAGUGUUCUCCAUAAGCCUUCAAUUUGAACUUUUAUCUGUCUGUUCCUGGAAAAUCUUAUUUUCCUUUUUAUUGAGAGAAGAAGAGGUUAUAGGGGGAGAGAGAGAGAGAAUUAAAUACUCACAGUUAAUCCUCCUCUCAGCUCCUGUGUGGGGUGUAUGCAUGUGUGCACACAUGCCAGAAACCUCGGAAACCUUUUUGAUGAUUCUGCCUCCUUUAUUCCUACAUCCAAUCAAUCACAUGCCUAUUAAUUGAUUCUAAGACGUUUUUCCAACCUGUGCUCCAGUGAAAAGCCUUCCCUGUCCUCAAACCAGAUUCCUCCCAGCUUCACCCAUAGCUUCCCACAGCACCCUCCAUAGCUUCUUUAAAGUAUUCAUGACAGCUUGCAAUUGUGUUGAGAUUUGGGUCUUUAAUGUGUUUAGACUAUGAGAUUCACGAGGACAAACACUACAUUUGUCUUAUUCACUGCUGUAUCCCAAGCACCCAAAAAGUGCCUAUCUCAUUCUAGGUGCUUCAUUUAAGUGAAGAAUGUAUUCUCUUCAAACAUUUCCCUUACAAACUUUCACUAAAAAUGCCUCUAAUCUUUGCAAACCCAUCCUCUCCUUAUUCAGUCCCUUGUCAGCUCAGCUCUCCCUGGCUUCCUCCCAUCACAUCCCACUUUGUGAGGUAGAGAGUUCUCUGCAUCAUCAGUGUAGAGUUGUGGUGAUGUCUAGAACUUCUUGUUUUCUCCUAUAGUACGUGACUUUCCCCUCUGUUAAAAUCAAACCCCAAAUUCACCCUCUUUAGGAAGAUCUCCAAGCUUAAUUCCCCCUUGAUUCAUCAUACCUAGUUCCUUAGAUAUCAAUGUGUUCUCAUUUAUAUGCUGUUUUGAGAACACUUAUGCUUUUAUGUGAACUUGGGUAAUGGAUGCCCAGCUUCAUUUGGGAGGCUCCUGUUUCCUUUCUACCCUUUGACUGCCAUGGAGUGUUAUCCACUGCAGGCAUUCAGCCACUACUCACCUAUGCCUGUCCUAAGUCUAGGAACCACCUCUUCACCUCACUCCUAACCUCACCUUCUGCAAACUCAUUCAGUCUUGCCCUCCUAGCAGUCAGUUCAAGAAACACUUAGACUUGCAAAAAUUCCUCUGAUUAUUUCUAUUUAUGGGUGUUUCCAUGCAAUUUUGGUAUGUUUUUCCUUUGUUCAUUCAUUCGUUAUAAAUCCGUAUCUCUCCUUUUCCCCCAGAAGAAUAAGAGACAAUUUAUAAGGAUAAAUUUAGGUACAUCAAGAUAGUAUAAACUAGCCAUAAUGGGGGGAAGAAAAGAAAAAGGGAAGGGAAGGGAAGGGCCACCACUGACACAAAUCCUGAAGCUAAUACCAUGGUGCACUGCAUAUAGCCCAUGCAGUGGCAGACAGUAGGUCCUGAAUUGGCUCUGGGUUGCCCAGCAGUUGCUUCAUAAAGAGAAAACAUUUACAGCGCCUCUAAGAUAAAAUGUGAACUACUCAUCAGGAGAAGAACAAACUAGCCAUGAUUCUAAGAGGCUAGAGUGUAGUGUAGUGGUGAGUGAGGGAGGCGGGGAGGGGGAGAGGUGUGUACAUCAAUGCCUUUACUCCAGGUCGCUCUCAACACUGGUGCACGUUGGGAUAUCGGAAAAGCCUUCAAAAAACACCGGGGCCCCACCUCAAACCAGCUAAAUGGGAGUCUCUCAGACUGGGAUUGGGAAGCCCUAUUUUAAUAAUUUCCUCUGAUGAUGUGCAGCCUGGGUCAAAAGACACUGAUUUAAAAAAAAAUAAAAGAAUGAAUAGUCUGUGGAUCUAGCUGGCGCUCCUCCAGAUGAACUUCUAGAAGCCUUUUGAUGAUGACCUCAUUGGAAGAGUUAUAUACAGAUCAAGCUCUUUUACUUGAUUCUUACUCCUCAAUGGGAACAGUAUCCUUUUUUUCUAAUAUUUUCAAGUGUACAAUAUGAUGAUUUAUGAUACAUACAUUUAUGAUACUUACAUUCUGAAAUGAUUACCACAGUCAAGUUAAUUAAUAUAUCCAUCACCUCACAUAGUUAUAUACAUUAGCCAACCUAUGGAAACAGUAUGUGUGUCUGUUGACUGAUGAAUGGACAAAGAAAAUGUGUUAUAUAUAUGUGUGUAAUAUAUACAUAUAUAUACACAAUGGAAUAUUAUUUAGUCAUAAAAAGAGGAGGAAUCCCGCCAUUUGUAACAACAUGGAUGAAACUGGAGGGUAUUAUACCAAUAAAAUAAACCAGACAGAGAAAGACAUAUACUGUAUGGUAUUGCUUAUAUGUAGAAUCCCCCCAAAAAAUCAGAUUCAUAGAAACAGAGAAUAGAAUGGUGGUUACCAAGAGCUGGAGCAGGAAAAGGGGAGAUGUUGGUCUAAGUGGUCAAAGGAUACAAAUUUCUAGUCAUAAGGUGAAUAAGUUUUGAGGAUCUGAUAUGCAGUAUGGUGACUAUAGUUUAGCAUUGUAUUGUAUACUUGAAAUUUGCUAAAGGAGUAGUUUCUUAGCAUUCUCACAGAAAAAAGAAACAGUAUAUUAACCAUUUUAUAUCCCCAGCAAUGUGCACAGUGCCUAACACAUAAUAAAAGUGGAUUAAUUAUACAUAAUUUAUAUCUCUCUCUAUAUAUAUUGCUAUCAAUUCAAUUUUUGUGUUCCCCUCACCUAAUUCUUGGGCUUCCCUGAUAGCUCAGAUGGUAAAGUGUUUGCCUACAAUGCAGGAGACCCGGGAUCGAUCCUUGGGUCAGGAAGAUCCCCUGGAGAAGGAAAUGGCAACCCACUCUAGUAUUCAUGCCUGGAAAAUCUUACAUUGCAUUUCUCACCCUAUACUGUGGCUAUGUUUGGAAAUGGGGCCUAUAAGGAAUUAGGUUCAUUGAGGUCACAGGAUGGGACCCUUAUCUGAUAGAAUUAGUGUGCUAAUCAGAAGGGACACCAGAGAGUUCACUGUCUUUCUCUCUCUGUACAUAUGUACUGAGAAAGGUCCAUGUGAGGAUGCAGUGAGAAGGUGGCCAUCUGCAAGCCAGGAAGAGAGCUCUCAACUGACAUGGAAUCAGCUGAAAUCUUGAUCUGGAACUCCUGGCUUCCAGAACUACGAGAAAAUAAACUUCUGUUAUAUUUCUUUAA